GACGCCACGCGACGUCACGGGAGGGGGCGGGGUUCUGGAGCGACUGGGCACCGGAGCUGUGAGGCUCUGGCUGUUUCCCCCCGCCCCCUCAGCCCUUCACACGCCCGCCCUCUUUCCUCUCUCUUCCUUCCCUCUUUCCCUCCUUCCCUCCCUUCGUCCCUCCCCCUUUCCUUCCCACAGCCCCUCCCCCUUCCUCCCGCCUCUCUCCCCCUCUCACACGCUAGGGAGGGGGGGGAGUUUGGGGGAGAGGAAAAAAAGAAAAAAAAAAAGUACGGGCUGGUAUCCCGACUGGCGGGCUCGGGCCCGUGAACCCCUGGGGCUGGUCCAACCCGAGCUGCAGCGGCCGCGGCGGAGGUGGAGGCGGCGGAGGCGAAGAGGGAAACAGCGGCAGGGGAGGAGGAGGAGGAGGAGGAGGAGGAGGAGGAGACGCGUUCAGCGUUACAUGCAUCCGUUGCCGCUCUCCGCCGAGAUGGAUUUCAGUCAGAACAGCCUGUUCGGCUACAUCGAGGACCUGCAGGAACUCACCAUCAUCGAGAGGCCGGUCCGUCGGAGCCUCAAGACACCAGAAGAAAUUGAAAGACUAACAGUUGAUGAAGAACUCAAUGAUAUUGAAAGGGCUGUUUAUCUACUCAGUUCUGGUCAAGAUAUCCAAGGAACAAGUGUGAUUGCAAAUCUCCCCUUCCUGAUGCGACAGAACCCUGCAGAGACACUUCGAAGGGUUUUACCAAAAGUCAGAGAAGUCCUGCAUGUUGCAGGGGUGGAAAUGCAAUUAACUGCUGCAGCUUCAUUUUUGACCAUUCUACAAGAGGAAUCAGUAUCAAUUCAUACUUAUUCUCACUCAUUCCUACAUAUCAUUCUACAGCAUGUGGAGCACAGGGAUGCAGGUGUCAGUAAUGCAUGGCUGGAAACUCUCCUAUCAACAAUAGAAUCUCUGCCAAAAGAAAUCUUAAGACAUGAGAUUUUGAAUCCACUUGUUUCCAAGGCACAGCUGUCCCAAACACUCCAAUCUCGUUUAGUUAGCUGUAAAAUUUUAGGAAGAUUGGCCAACAAAUUUGAAGCCCAUGUCAUUAAAAGAGAAAUACUUCCUCUGAUGAAAUCCCUCUGCCAAGAUGUAGAAUACGAAGUUCGAUCUUGCAUGUGUCAUCAGUUAGACACCAUAGCUCAGGGUAUAGGGGCAGAACUAACCAAAAGUGUCGUGCUUCCUGAAUUAAUAGAACUAACUAGAGAUGAGAGCAGCAGUGUACGACUUGCAGCAUUUGAAACUUUAGUUAAUCUGCUUGAAAUAUUUGAUACAGAUGACAGAAGUCAGACUAUACUUCCUUUAGUAAAAUCGUUUUGUGAAAAAUCUUUCAAAACAGAUGAAACGAUUCUUCUUUCUUUAUCUUUACAUUUAGGGAAACUAUGCCACGGAUUGUAUGGAAUUUUGACUCCAGAUCAACACUUGAGAUUCUUGGAGUUUUAUAAGAAACUCUGUACAUUGGGUUUGCAACAGGAAAAUGGGCAUAAUGAUAAUCAGGCUCUACCCCCAAAUCUAGAGCAGGAAAAGAGAUAUGCAACAGUGAGAAAGAACUGUGCUUACAACUUUCCAGCUAUGAUUGUUUUUGUGGAUCCUAAGAACUUUCAUAUGGAACUUUAUUCCUCAUUCUUCUGCCUUUGUCAUGAUCCUGAAGUGCCAGUCAGACACACUAUUGCUAUUUGCUUCUAUGAAGUGUCUAAGCUUCUUAGUUCUGGAGUAUAUUUAAUACAUAAAGAACUAAUUGCACUAUUACAAGAUGAAUCACUAGAGGUUUUAGAUGCACUUGUAGAUCAUCUUCCAGAAACCCUAGAACUUUUGACUACUGGUGGUGAAAGCAGUGUUCAAGAGAACAAGUUAUUGACUGUACCUGACCUGAUUCCAGCUCUGACAGCAGCAGAACAGCGAGCAGCAAGCUCCUUAAAAUGGAGAACUCAUGAAAAGAUACUGCAGAAAUAUGGCUGCCUGCCUCAGAUCAUAUCCAGUGAUCAGAUUUAUUAUCGAUUUUUACAUAGAAUGUUCGCAAUCAUGAUGACAAAUAAUGUCUUGCCUGUACAAAAGGCAGCAUCUCGAACUCUUUGCAUUUUUCUACGUUAUAAUCGUAAACAAGAACAGAGACAUGAGAUCAUUCAGAAGUUAGUUGAACAAUUGGGCCAAGGAAAAAGCUACUGGUAUAGACUUCGUUUUUUGGACACCUGUGAAUUCAUUAUCGAGCUCUUUUCCAAAUCAUUUUUCUGUAAAUAUUUCUUUCUACCUGCUCUUGAGUUGACACAUGACCCAGUAGCAAAUGUGAGAAUGAAACUCUGCUACCUUUUGCCCAAAGUGAAAUCUACUCUCAAGAUUCCUGCGGACAAACAUUUACUUCAGCAGUUAGAAAUGUGUAUAAGAAAACUCCUCUGUCAAGAAAAAGAUAAAGAUGUUCUAGCUAUUGUAAAACGAACUGUGUUAGAGUUGGAUAGAAUGGAAAUGUCUAUGGAUGCUUUUCAAAAAAGGUUUUAUGAAAAAGAUUUGUUGGAUCAGGAAAAAGAAAGAGAAGAGCUCCUUCUUUUGGAAAUGGAGCAACUAGAAAAAGAGAAGCAGCAGAAUGAAUCAAGAACGAGCAGUGAUAAAAUGUUUGAAAAGAAACGAAAAGACAGUAAAACAUCAACCAUUCUGCAAAAAAGCAUUCCUAUGUCUGUUGCGGGAUCAUCUUCAUCUGUCCCAUCUACAAGCAAAGAAACCAAGAAAUCCAAAUUGGUAAGAAGCCAGUCCUUCAGUAGUCAAGCUCUUCACCCUAAAUAUGGCAACUUAGAAAAGUGUACUGGUAAAAAUCCUACAGCAGGAUAUUCAACUUCUGUCACAGGGUCUGGAAAGUCUUCUUUGCUUUCAUAUACUGAUGAUUCAUUCCGGACCCGUAACUCCAGUGGUAAUUCAUCUUCUUAUUCUAAUACCUCCUUACCAAGUACCUCCCGUAAUAUGAAUAGCUCAGUUGACCAAAAGAACAAUGGAAGUAAAGAUACUCAGCCUCGAAAGGCUUCCUUAAAAUCUAGAAAAUCAAAUCCUUAGAUCACCUGGUAGAUUAAGGAAGAAAACCAAAGACAGCUGGAGGUAAAGGGAUUGCUCAGCAGAAGCAGAGUGACACCUGGGGCUUUUUAUGAAUGAAAUGGAGAGACUUCAUUGCAUCUGAUGUCGUUAAAGCCCUUCCAUAUUUGAAGUUAGAUUCCCUGGGUUGUAUAGUAUAUAUUUCUAUAAAUAAUGUAUUGGUUGCAGAAUUCCAAUGUUACAGUGAAAUGUUGAAAUGCAACUUUAGGUAUGUGCUUUUAACUACUGCCUCAAGAGAGACAAUUAUGCCUUUGUAGUGCAGGAUACCAAUGUCAUCUAUUAUUGUUCUCAGUUACCGUUAUAGCAUUUUAGCAAAUUGCUUUGGAAGUCACGAUCACCUGAAAUUGUCCUGGCUCUAUUAUCCAUUUGGAAAAUUAACAGUACAUUCAUAAAGAAUCUCCAAAUUCAUUUGGAAAAAAAAAAUAUUGACGAAUGUACCAUUUCCUCCAAUUUGGACAGUCCUAAGAUUGUGCUGACAUAAAUUUGUACCUGGACACCCCCAAAUUCAAACUUGGCAAUGAAAGUUCUUAAAGGUUUCCAGUCAUUUUGGGGAGCAAAUAACUCCAAAUAAUUGGUUAAUGAUUUUCUUUAUUUUAUGGGACAAUUUCUUUUAUAAAUACUUUGUUUAAAUUUUAGAUUGUAUUUUUGCUCUUUACUUGAUUUUAAAAUGAUGAAUCUAGUUUUUAAUUAGCUGUUAUUCCAAGCUAUCAUGCUUUAGCUAUGUCAACAGCAUUUAUUUGUACUAAUGCUAAUAUUCCCAUUAAAAUUUGCCUGCAGAGCAUAUAUAGGUCUAUUUUAAAAUGCCAAUACUUGAGAUAUAUUGUAUGAAGCUAUUGUCAGCUUCUCUAUUUCAAAAUGCAAUCAGCAUAUAACUAUAUUGCUAUCAGAUAAUAUUUGUUUUUUAAAUAUAUUGAUGUAUGAUAAAGAUGAACUAAAUUUGUGAAUGCAUAUGUGCGUGUGGUUACUUUUUAUAAUGUGAAAUAAUGAAUUAUGAAUUUGUUAAAAAUAAAACAUAGGCUAAUGCAAUACCUGUAUAUUUGUGAAGAAAGUUUUAAAUCAUUUUCUGCAAUGUUUACUUUAUAAUUAGAAGGUAAGAAAUAGUAGUUUAUUUAAUAACAAAUAAGGGAAGGAAUACUGUAGUCAAGAUUAUCCAGCUUGAAGAUUAUCCAAGUCUUAUUCUUCUUUUUCCUCCAGAUAUCUGCUUUUUGGCCAUUUCAGUGAUCCUAAAUGCCCCUAGGUUUGCGGCUGAAAUAAAAUUGAGCAAUCAGCCAAUUGUAUAAUGAUUUCAGUAGUAAAGGUCUGGUGGAGGAGGAGAUAGAAAGUUCUGACUUUACAAAUUGGGGUGGGGGGGGCGUCCUUGUAGAUUUGUUUAUCUAUGUCUCUUAACAUCCAUAAUAUAGAUUCUAACACACUGUUCUCUAGAAUAGAGUAUUCAAAAGCCUAUCCAAGAUCCAAGAUCCGCACUUGCUCUGAUACCUUGAUCUUUAGAUAGCCUGAAUUUGGUCAACAAGAACAGUAAAAUAAAGAAGUUCGGUGCAUUCUUUGA